GCAAAAUGCAGCCUUGAGUUUUCGAGCUGGGACCGGAGUGGCUGCCGAUGCUCCACUCAGGGUGUGCACAUGAGGGGACAUUUGAGACGUAUUUAUAACUUUUCAUUUGAAUUUCUUGCCGCGUUCUGUGAAAUGUAGUAGUGGAGCCGGAAACUUUCUUCAUGCCAACUUUAUUCCGGGGGAUUUUUUGUGUGCUGUACCUUCAAGCCGGAAGUUGUUGGUAUCCAUCAAAUAUGUCAUACGUAGCUCUCUAACUGAAUGAAUUAUCGCCCAUCUAAUUGGGUGCAUUUAUAACGAAUGCCUUCCCCAAAAUGUCAUAAAUGAAGAAAUGUGGACAUUGGUGCGUCACAAGACCUAAUACUAUUAACGACGUUAUUCCCGCCGGCGGGUUGCCAUGGCUACGAGGAUGAAGUUAAAACUGAAGACUGUGUUUGUCCUGUACUUCAUGGUCUCACUUAUGGGCCUCAUCUACGCUCUCAUGCAGCUGGGCCAGCGCUGUGACUGUGCAGAACAUGACAUGCCCAAGGACCGUACUAUCUCUCGUCUGCGGGGGGAACUGCAUCGGCUGCAGGAACAGAUGAGGAAGGCUGAGGCCACUAAACCACCCCAGAAACUAGCAGUUAAACCGUCCCAACCCACCAUCUACGUCAUCACACCAACCUACACCAGGUUUGUCCAGAAAGCAGAGUUAACCCGGCUAGCCCAGACAUUUCUCCAUGUCCCUCAGAUCCACUGGAUCUUGGUGGAAGACUCUCCCCAUAAAACCCCUCUGGUCUCUGGGUUCCUGGCCUCCAGUGGCCUGGCCUACACACACCUCCACACCCCCACGCCACGCGACCGCAAACUACAGGAGGGUGACCCUAGCUGGUUGAAGCCCCGCGGGGCGGAGCAGAGGAACGAGGGGCUACGGUGGCUGAGAGAGGACAGGAGGGGGCAGCCUGGAGCAGACACACAGCUGGGCGUGGUCUACUUCGCUGACGACGACAACACCUACAGCCUGCAGCUCUUUGAGGAGAUGCGUGGUACCCAGCGUGUCUCUGUGUGGCCAGUCGGCCUGGUGGGAGGGAUGAGAUAUGAGAGACCCGUGGUCGAGGGGGGGAAAGUCGUACGCUUCCACACUGGCUGGCGCCCCAGCCGCCCCUUCCCAUUGGACAUGGCUGGCUUCGCCGUGUCGCUCAAGCUGGUGAUCGCCAAUCAGGACGCGUGUUUCGACGGCGACGCACCGAUGGGGUUCCUGGAAAGCAGCUUCCUGCAGGGAUUGGUUACCAUGGAAGAACUGGAACCUAAGGCAGAGAAUUGUACUAAGGUGUUGGUGUGGCACACACGGACAGAGAAGCCCAAGAUGAAGCGAGAGGAGGCGCUGCAGAAACAAGGCCUGGGUUCUGAUACUGCUGUAGAGGUCUGAGGACCGGACACAGAAACACCUACAACUACACACACACACACACACACACACACACACACCUUCAACUACACACACACACACACACACACAC